AUUGUACGAGUCUUUUUAGAUGUGAAGGCAAACUUGUAUGCCCCAACGCAAAGCAUAGAUAUGCUAUCGUCAGCCAUUUCUUCCCUAAAAUUUCCACCAAGAACCAAACUUUCCUCACUAAAUCCUCCAAUUUUCCCUCUAAAAUACAAUCUUGUAACUUCCCCUACUGAAAAUAUGGCAUUUAACUUGAGGGUAAAUUCACCAAUUGCAAUUGGCAGUAAAAGUAGUGAUACAGUAGAUUCUGUAAACAGUGGGUGUUGUACACUGAUGGAGUAUAUGGGUAAAGGAGGAGUUGAUGUGGGUGAUGACUUGGUGUUGUUGUUUGGUCACUUAGAAUAUGCUUCCAAGAAAAUUGCAGCUCUUGUUGCUUCCCCUUUCAAUUCAAGUCUAAGCAAGAAUGUUGGCAUGACAAAUACUGGGAGUUCUUCUGAUAGAGAUAAGCCUAAACCUCUUGAUAUUGUCUCGAAUGAGAUUAUAUUAUCAUCUCUUAGAAAUUCUGGAAAAGUUGCUGUAAUGGCCUCAGAAGAAGACGAGGGUCCUGUGUGGAUAAAAGAUGAUGGCCUGUUUGUGGUUGUCAUGGAUCCUCUAGAUGGUUCCCGAAAUAUAGAUGCAUCAAUACCCACAGGGACGAUAUUUGGGAUUUAUAGACGUCUUGUGGAAAUUGAUCAUCUGCCUGUGGAGGAAAAGUCUUUGAUAAACUGCCUUCAGAGCGGAGCAAAGCUUGUUGCUGCAGCUUAUGUUCUCUAUUCGUCAGCUACAAUACUCUGUGCCAGUUUUGGUUCCGGAACACAUGCAUUCACAUUGGAUCAUACAACUGGAGAUUUCCUCAUGACACAUCCAAACAUCUGGAUUCCUCCUCGAGGGCAAAUUUAUUCAGUUAAUGAUGCUCGGUAUUUUGACUGGCCUGAAGGCUUAAGGAAGUAUAUUGACACCAUAAGACAAGGAAAGGGAAAACAUCCUAAGAAGUACUCAGCCCGAUAUAUAUGCUCUCUAGUGGCAGAUUUUCAUCGGACUCUUUUAUAUGGCGGGGUGGCAAUGAAUCCAAGGGACCACCUUCGUCUUGUUUAUGAAGCAAAUCCACUGAGUUUCUUAGUGGAAAAGGCUGGAGGUAGAGGUUCAGAUGGUAACAACAGAAUUUUAUCUAUUCAGCCUGUCAAGCUACACCAAAGACUACCUCUAUUUUUGGGUAGUCCGGAGGAUAUAGAAGAAUUAGAGAGUUAUGGGGAUGUUCAGCAGAAAGUAAACCCUGGUUACGAUGUUUAAUGACUUGGUCCUCUUUUAUGCAUUUCAGAAUUAUCCUUGGGAGUUUUCAGCUCGUCUCCCCUUUGCAUGUAAAUUUUUGUACGAGGCAGUUCUUAACUAGCAAAUAUGUGUGCACUAGAAUAAACAUGUGGUUUCUUUGCCUAGUCUUGAAGAUUGUCGCGUGGUGAAUUUGAUGCAUCUUUAAAAACUUUUAUGUUGCAAAGAAAUUUACUGCAAGUUUUGUUUGAA